AUGUCAGAGCUGCUCAUGUACUGGGAAGAUUGGUGUGAAGGUAAGUAUUGCAUGAAUAGCCAUACAUUAGCAGAGAGCAUUGCCUCCCCUCUGUGACAAUGGAGGCAUUUUCUGCUGGGUUGGAUAGCAAUCCUGAUUCAGGUCCAGGUAAAGAGCCUCUUAAAAGCCAUAAUUGCUGAGCAGUAAGUGGGUCAUUUAUUAACAAUAACCGAGCUACAAUUUCCUGUAAUGUAGGGAUUAUUUCUUUACAGGAUGCAUUUAGGUUGUUAUGUGCAAACAAAAGGUGCAAAGCUGUCAUCAAGGCAAAGCGUGGCUAUUUGAAGAAUCUCAAAUAUAAAAUAUAUUUUGAUUUGUUUAACACUUUUUUGGUUACUACAUGAUUCCAUAUGUGUUAUUUCAUAGUUUUGAUGUCUUCACUAUUAUUCUACAAUGUAGAAAAUAGUACAAAUAAAGAAAAACCCUGGAAUGAGUAGGUGUGUCCAAACGUUUGACUGGUACUGUACAUUAAGACAUAGUCACUGUUCUUUGAAUAUAGAAUUAGAGGUGUAGCACCUUCUUUGGGUUUGUUUUUAAAACAAGUGUGUAGUGAUAGUGUGUCAUUAAAGGUUUGCAGUGAUUCAUGGGAGACUAGAGGAUGUGAUCCCUUUAUGAGCGCUGCUGUGUCUAGCUGACUAGCCUUACAUGUACAGACCACUCUAGACUGUUCUGGAAUAGUCUGUGGCUUUGGCCGUGUGUAUUUUGUGCAAAGUGAUCACAGCAGAGGGAGAAUGAAUGCCAGGGAUGCCAUAGUCCUUAUACAAGCUGACAGAGGAUCCUGGGCCACUCAUUCAGUGCUUACUGGUACUGGUGACUGUUUGACGUAGGUCUGGGGCAGGCAGGCAUGUUGAAUGUCCCGUAAAUCACUGGCUGAGAUCAGGGAUAUCACGGUGCCACUCCGGGCAGACAUAGCCAAUGACACAGAGGCCUCCCUGGGGUACUGUUAGCAGCAGAUUCAGUCACACACUCUCUAAUGCGCUAGUGUACAGCUGCUCUUUUAGUGUGUCACUGGUGCAGGACUUUUACUUGAGGAAUCAGAGGGGUCUUUUUUGGGGAACAAGCCUGAGACAGAUUUGAGCAUCGGUUCUAAAAAAGCGUUUGAGUGAACUCUGUGCUUCUUCUUCUUCCUCCUCCACUGUCUCCUUCCCUGUGGUCCUCCAGAUAGACAGACAUACAGACGUCGAGUUGGGUCUGAGUGUCAUUAUGAGAUGUCGUCUCUCAGUGCCUCCUUCGUGCAAAUCAAGUUUGAUGACAUCCACUUCUACGAGAACUGCGGCGGCGGCAGCUUCGGUAGCGUGUACCGAGCCAGGUGGAUCUCUCAGGACAAAGAGGUGGCAGUGAAAAAGCUGCUCAAGAUCGAAAAUGAGGUAGGAGUCGUAAUUGCCAAGGCUUUUCAUAUACUUUUUAAUUGUCGGUGUAGCAAUCAUUUUAAUAGCUCCCCCAUUUAGUGGGUUGUGGUGACUUUUGGUCCCCAUCAGUCACAUUCAUACUCCCCAUCGCUUUGUGCACAGAAUUGGCACAUACUGUAUGCUUUAAAAUAAAUAUUAUUGCCAAAUGAGAGAUCAUAUUAGGACCAAUUAAAGCAUGGGUUUCUUAGUCUGGGGAUUUAUUUUAAGUGAUGGCCUCAUUGUCCUAAGACAAAAAAACACAUGGGAUAUACCUUUUCAUGCGUAUUCUAUUUAAUCUUCAGCUUUGAGUCUUCAUUUCAAUACAUAGUUCACUGAUAUCCAUUGAUCUUCAGGAGUUAAACAUAAUGCAUAGUCAAGUCAAAUAAUUCUUAAUGGAAAUGCAAUACAGUCCUGUUUUGCAACUCCAUUUUCCACGCUGUUAUGCCGUCUGUAUCUUUUGUUUUCUGUGUUUUUUGUUCAGGCUGAAAUCCUCAGUGUACUCAGCCAUCGGAAUAUCAUUCAGUUCUAUGGGGCGAUCCUUGAAGCACCCAACUAUGGAAUCGUCACUGGUAAGUCCAUGCAACCCUUAUCUUGUUAGUUUGUCAUCCAAUAGUAACCACAGGUAUUAUCUCCACAGCAAUUCAGACCACGUUUAUGUCCGUCACGUUAAUGGAAAACCAGGAAUCACCAUCUGAAUCAUGCUUGUUUCACAGAUAUUUUGUUUGCUUAGAACUGAAUGGUGCUGUGGUCUAUAUUAACAGUAUUAGUAGAUGGCUUUAUGGUUCAGUAAGAUUACAUGUUGCUGGCUUUUUGUUCAUGUUUCUAAAGUUCAUGCCAUGUGACAGUCCUCUCCAUGUGGUAUGGGGAACCCCUCCCUGCUCAUGUUCUGAAGAUCUUAUCACAUGACAGUCAUUGGCAGACUGAACGCUCCCAUGAUUAGGAUGUUAGCUAUGACCGUUUCUCAGCCAGUGAGUGGUGAAUGACACUGCUGUUGAUAGGAAUAGGGCAGUGCUCACUCAAGAUAUUUAUUUACUAUUGACUUGGAUUUUCAACUUUCUUUUACUACUAGGAGUUCGCCUACUCUAUUUCCUUCCUUAGGGGGUUUUAAGCAUGCUCUACACUCUCAUUUUAUGGUACACUCUUGUAUGCUUCAGACUUAAUUCUAUCUUUGUUCCCUAUAACUCCUUUUUUGGGCAAGCUUAAGUCUUUGUCCUUUUGCUUGUCAUCUCUUCUCACGGUCUGGCUUUACAGUGACCUAAGCAAUCAGGUCAUUUUGGAAGUGUUCGACCACUGCUUUUAGGAUGAUUUAGACAAAUUACAUUUAACUACAUGUAUUCCUUCCCAUUCAAUGUCUACCCACCCACACUCCCACGCUUACUCUGCCUGCUCCUGCUCUACUCUCAUAGAUCAUGGAAGGCUGUUGUAUGGAAACUUGCUGCCCUAGUUGGGAAAAACCGAAAUCACAUUGCAUAAAUAUUGUGUGUGACUUCAUGGAUUGAGGAAUUGGAAAAUACCCUCAUAUCUUUGUAAUCAAUAGGAGUUGCUAGAUGGAAAAAGCUGCACCUUUGAUGUUCCUGCUUGCUUCCCUCUGUCUGUUUAUGUCUUAUAAUACAGUCAUAUAUUUGCCCUGUAGUGUAGUAGUCGUUACAAGGCAGUAAUGUUAAAAUCUUUCACAGAGUUCUCAGACUUGACAUUUCACUCCUCCGGCCAGUGUUACGUGAGUGCGAGAGAUGGGGUUGGCUGGUUGUCAAGGAGCUGCUGUCUAUAUUUAUCAAAGCAGAAUCUAAUUAGCACCAGAUAAAGGAAAAAUGUUAAUGACCGUUCUGACCAUGCCAUUUCCACAUUCAUCAGCUCUGUUAUAAAUUUCCCCUGUCUGCUCAUCUAUCAGGGACUGUUGUCUCAGCUAUCUAACAAACAAUAUCUAUCAGGUGAAGACAUUUGUCUCCGCUGACCCACGUGGCAGAGAGUUUGUCAAUAACUACCUACAUUUACUAGGCGAAAGCUAACUUUUUUAUGUCAUAACAGGUUAUAACAUUAUUCCUUUCGGUUAACUCAUGCUUCAUACUCACUUUGAGAGGCUAAACUGUGACUGAUAGUAAAACUUUGUAUGAUGAAAGCAGUUCAGGAAGUUGCAUUAUCUAUGGAAUUUUCCAGUCUUGUAAAAAAGUACAAAGUACAGAGCCAAAUUAGAAUUUCUGCUUUGUAGUUUGAGAAAGUGAGCCUAUCUUAGAGAUAUAUUAUACUGAGAUGGCUCAGUAUUUGUUUUCCAGUAGGCGGACCUAAUCAUGCAAUACCAUUACAAUUAACAAUUUUCACAGAACUUGUUUGUAGUUACAGCUUUCGUAGGUCAUGACAAUUCUUUUAAAAAUCUACAUUAUAAUAGGGCAUAAUAUGGUCAGGUCAAAUAAUAUUAUUAAUGACAAGUAUAAGCCUGGUUCCUUCCCUCAAGGUUGAUUCUUGUUUACACUAUUUUAUGUGGUGACAUGGAAGUUUGGGUUGCGCAUACAUCCAACUCCCACUAGUCUAGCUGGUAUCAGAUAAUAUCAGUUUUAGCCAUCUGUCUUUGUCAGGCCAGGCCACUUAAUAGUUCAUGGAGCGACUGGAGCGCUGUGUGUCUGUCUCUCUGUCUACCCGGUACUGAAGUGUCUCAGUGAUUUAACAAUGUUUAUUGGCAGGGCUCGUGUGCUUUUUUAGAAGGAGGUGUUGCAUUGAGUAGCAAAGCAUCCAAGUCCACAUAAUGCUUCUAUUGUUAGUGUGUUUCCCUUCACUACUGGUCUGGGAAAACAAUUGCAUUAGAGUAAUAUGAUGGGCCUGCUCCUUCUUGAACAUUGUAUCAAAAUUGUUUAAAAAGGAUCGCAUUAACAGUGCCAUGUACCUGCCAGUAUUCAUUUACAGUAUAUGGGAACUUUGUGUGGCCAUACACCUUGACUCUAUUUGGAUAUGCAGAGGCACAGCUUGAAUAAUAAUGACAAGAGAACUGUUAGUGCACAAGAGCGAAGGCCCCAGGUGUUUGAACAAAGUGACUUUGAGUGACUUUGAUAGAGUAGGACCCCUUUCCUGCAGUCAAAUGACCAAAGCGCCCUCUAGUGGCCUCAUGGGCGGAAUGUUAUUUUUCAUAAUUUCUUAAUGAAUCAACAUGUUUUAUUUGUAAAAGUCGAAAAUCCUGUUUUUCUAUAUCAAACGGUUUUGUUAUAUUUCAGUCUUCUGUGAUGUAUAUAAAGUGUAAUAUUGGGAUGCAAACUCAAAAUGGAAUACAUUUCCAACUCUAUGUCUUACAUGGUACAGGUGUCUUCUUUAUUGUAAGCCCAUAACCAUGUGUGUGAGGUGUAUACUUUUGUUUCAAAGUAGAUUUGUUUAAGACUACCAAGAAACACUCUGUGUGACCCUGAUUUAGCCCACUGCAGUAAAAGGUUAAAGAGUAUGUGGUGAAGGAACAGAGGAACAGGGACACUCAGGGUGUUUCCCCAAUGCAUUGUGAUAAAUGAGCUCAUCCCGUGUAGCUCAGUUGGUAGAGCAUGGCACUUGCAACGCCAGGGUUGUGGGUUCGAUUCCCACGGGGGGCCAGUAUGAUUUUUUUUUUUAUGCACUCACUAACUGUAAAUCGCUCUGGAUAAGAGCGUCUGCUAAAUGACUAAAAUGUAAAAUAUCUUCUGACAGGUCAAUGACAGGACAGAGGACAGUACUGUAAACAAGACUUUAGCUACUGUAUAAACCAAACUGUCUAUUCACAAAUAGAGGACAUAUUGUCUCACAUAUUUUAUUAACUCAUUAUUUCUGAACGAGAUACGGUUUGAAGUAUACAGAUAUAUUUGAUAUUGCACACUCUUAGAAAAAAAGGUGCUAUCUAGAACCUUAAAGGAUUCUUCGGCUGUCCCCAUAGGAGAACCAUUUAAAUAACCCUUUUUGGUUGGAGGUAGAACCGUUCCCCCCUUUCUACAGAGGGUUCUACAUGUAACCCAAAAGGGUUCUACCUGAAACCAAACAGGGUUCUCCUAUGGGGACAGCUGAAGAACCCUUUUGGAACCCUUUUUUCUAAGAAUGCAGUGCAAUGUAACUGUAGAUCUGGGAGUCUUAAUACUGUAUGUGUUUUCCCACAGAGUAUGCCGGGGGAGGGUCCCUGUAUGACUAUCUGUCCAGUGCAGAGAGUGAGGAGAUGGAUCUGGGACAGGUCAUGACUUGGGCCAUGGAGAUUGCCAAAGGUACAGUCAUGAUUCAUUGUCUGAUCUACUUGAAACCAGGCAAUGCUACAUGUUGUUUUGGAAUUUUUGCAUAGCCAUUUGACUUAACUAAACCACUCACUGAUAUUCCACAUUUGUUUUAGCUCAUUACCAAUUUAGCAAUAGAAUAUAUUUCAGAUUUGUCCACUUAUGGUCUUUUCCAACUCAUUGUUAUUCGAGGCAUAUUUUUUAAAGAAUUUGGUCUCACUGAGAAUAAGUGAAGUCAAAACAUGUAGGCCUAAAUGUGAUUGAUCUGUGUCCUUAGUUUGCAUAAGAAAUGAGCAUUGAGAGGGAGGCAUGGAGGAGAGCACAGACGAACACAGACUUGUUUACCUCUGCUGGUUGCACAUUGAUCUCAGUCAGAGGAAAUGUGCUUUAUUUCCCCAUUAGGCAUGCACUAUUUACACUCAGAGGCCCCGGUCAAGGUUAUCCACAGGGACCUGAAGUCCAGGAAUGGUAAGGUUUAAGAUCCAUCUGCAUGAUCUCUGUGUCUGUUUCAGUCUAUACAGAAUAUACCUCUGAUCAAACUGAUUAUGUCUAUAACCAGAGGCAAAUAUUACCUAAGCUGAAUUAAAAGAAAACUAAAAAUACAUAUUCUCCUAACUUGAAAAAUAUGUUUUCUAUUGCAGUGGUUGUGACGGCAGACAAAGUUCUUAAGGUACAUUUGUUUGCACAUACAUGGGAUCUUACGUUUGCAUACUGGCUUCACCCAAAACGGUUUUAUCCCCAACCCUUGCUAAAUCCUGGGACCACCUGUUUCCCCCCUGUGUAGAUCUGUGAUUUUGGGGCAUCCCGGUUCCACUCCCACACCACACAUAUGUCCCUGGUGGGCACAUUCCCCUGGAUGGCCCCGGAAGUCAUCCAGAGCCUGCCCGUGUCUGAGACCUGUGACACCUACUCCUACGGCGUGGUAAGUGACCAACACAAAGGACACACACUGACCACAGAUCAGCUGUUGAUAUUCAAUACAAUAGUUACUUAGAAAAGGCUAUUUUUAUUCUCAAACUGAUUAUGCAAGACAAUCUGCAUAUGUAUUGACUCAUACGUGGACUUUUAUUUACAGUAGUAUACUGUAAUUUAACUACAGAAACCAUCAGAGGAGAUUUAGGGACUGAACCAGCUUGGUAAGGAACUUGCUUAGUUUGUAGAGGAAGCCAAAUAACAAGUAUGGUUAAGAAAUAGCUCUAAUGUCACUGUUGCAACUUCAUGGCCAAGAGAGUAAACUGUCAAUCAAACAGUACCUAGCACUUGAAAGAACAGACUUUACAGAGAUGACAUUUUCAUGCCUGCAUUACAUCCACUGGAAAAGUAGACGCAAGUGGCAUUAUUGACCUUUGUAGAAGUGCUAACAGCAACUCCAUAAGUUUUCUGCCACAUUCCUAUCAUCAUCAGAAGAUGGAAUCUGUCAUCCCUAAGUAGAGAGAGAUUAUGAAGCCUUGGCAUAUGUUAGUGUGUGUGGGUGUGUUUGUGUGCGUGCGUGCGUGUGUGUGACUGCGCAUGGCUUUGCGUGGUUGUGUGUGUGAACAGAAAGUAUUCAUACCCCUUGACUUAUUCCACAUUUUGUUGUGUUUCAGCCUGACUUCAAAAUUGAUUAAAUGUUACACACAAUACCCCAUAAUGACAAAGUGAAAACAUGUUUUUAGAAAUUUUGGCAAAUUUAUUGAAAAUGAAAUACAGAAAUAUCUAAUUUGCAUAAGUAUUUACACCCCUGAGUCAAUACUUUGUAGAAGCACCUUUGGCGGCGAUUACAGCUGUGAGUCUUUUUGGGUAAGUAUCUAAGAGCUUUGCACACCUGGAUUGUACAAUAUUUGCCCAUUAUUCUUUCAAAAAGUAUUCCGGUUCUGUCAAGUUGAUUGUGGAUCAUUGCUAGACAGCCAUUUUCAAGACUUGCCAUAGAUUUUCAAGACGAUUUAAGUCAAAACUGUAACUAGGCCACUCAAGAACAAUCAAUGUCAUCUUGGUAAGCAACUCCAGUGUAGAUUUGGUCUUGUGUUUUAGGUUAUUGUCCUGCUGAAAGGUGAAUUCGUGUCCCAGUGUCUGGUAGAAAGCAGACUGAACCAGAUUUUCCUCUAGGAUUUUGCCUGUUCUUAUAGCUGUAUUCUGUUUCUUUUUAUCAAAAAAAACCUCACUAGUCCUUGCCGAUGACAAACAUGUCCAUAGCAUGAUGCGGCCACCACCAUGCUUGAAAAUAUGGAGAGGGGUACUCAGUGAUGUGUUGUAUUGGGUUUGCCCCAAACAUAACGCUUUGUAUUCAGGACAUUUUAAGUGCCUUGUUGCAAACAGGAUGCAUGUUUUGGAAUAUUUCUAUUCUGUACAGGCUUCCUUCUUUUUACUCUGUUAUUUAGGUCAGUAUUGUGGAGUAACUACAAUGUUGUUGAUCCAUCCUCAAUUUUCUCAUAUCACAACCAUUAGAUUCUGUAACUGUUUUAAUAUCACCAUUGGCCUCAUGGUGAAAUCCCUAAACAGUUUCCUUCCUCUCCGGCAACUGAGUUAGGAAGGACGUCUGUAUCUUUGUAGUGACUAGGUGUAUUGAUACACCAUCCAAAGCCGAAUAAAUAACUUCACCAUGCUCAAAGGGAUAUUUAGCGUCUGAUUUUUUUUACACAUCUACCAAUCGGUGCCCUUCUUUGUGAGGCAUUGAAAAACCUCCCUGGUCUUUGUGGUUGAAUCUGUGCUUGAAAUUCACUCCUCGAUUAAGUGACCUUACAGAUAAUUGUAUGUGUGAGGUACAGAGAUGAGGUAGUCAUUAAAAAAUAAUGUUAAACACUAUUAUUAAACAUGGAAUAAGUCCAUGCAACUUAUUAUAAGAUUUGUUAAGCACAUUUUUACUCCUGAACUUAUUUAGGCUUGCCAUAACAAAGGGGUUGAAUACUUAGUGGCUCAAGACAUUUCAACUUUACAUUUUUUUUCUUCUAAAAUGUUCUACAAACAAAAUUCCACUUAGACAUUAUGGGAUAUUAUGUGUAUAGUAGUGACACAAAAUCUCAAUGUAAUCAAUUCUAAAUUCAGGCUGUAACACAACAAAAUGUGGAAAAAGUAAAGGGGUGUGAAUACUUUCUGAAGGCUCUGUAUCUGCCAGCCUGUGUGUAUGGCUGCUCGGCCACAUUCCUGCAUGGUGACGGAGAAGGUGUGAAGUGUAGAGUGACAGAGCAUAUGGGGCACGCUCUGUGUCACCCAGCCAGCCAAGGGCCUAACUCCUGAGUGCCAUAAACAGUCAGUGUACAAACAGAGCAGGACCUGGGUUCAGGCCAGCUAGUGUCUGGGUCAACAGACUGUUCUCUAUCACAAUCCACCUGGCUUUCACUUACACUAGGGUUUAUUUACAUAGUGAACAAUGAUAUUUACUAGUCUUAUAAAUGUGUUUUUUAUGGGUUUAGUGAUGUGUAUAAUUAGCAUUUUCAAUCAAGCACUCCAUUUCAUAUCAUACAAGGUUUUUGUUCUCCUAAUAUAGUAUCUAAUCUUAGUCUGUAUUGUAUCUCAGUUCAGUGGAAGACCCUGAGCAGACCAUGUAGUCUGUGGGCUAGAUGCAUUAUGCUCGUUGACUGACCAUGACGUCUCUCCCUGUGUCAGGUUCUGUGGGAGAUGCUCACCCGGGAGAUUCCCUUUAAAGGCCUGGAGGGCUUACAAGUCGCCUGGCUGGUGGUGGAGAAGAGUGAGGUACAGCUACACUUGUUUUUUCCCUUUUACUCGUUAUGCAGUCUUCUAGGAACAGCUGCCGCUUCCUUUAUCUAUGCUAAUGAUUUUGUGAAGAGACACAUACCUGACAGUUUUUCGUAAUGAGCCAGUGUAUCUGUACAGGAAUAAUUUCAGUCAUCACACACCAGCAUAGCUAGUAGGGAGAUCGUCAUAUGGGCCGAAGCCAAUUGAUCCCACUCGUGCAAUGUCUGCAUUCACAGUCUCCAGUCACAUAAGUCAUCAGUAUAUUUUACCUGCCUCCUGACAUGAAUGCUCUACUAAUAUCCUGACCUCAGAACUGAAAGCUGAAACUACUGCAAUCCUUUCAGGGAAACGGGAAGAGUGAGUGUGUGUGUGACUGUGACCCUGUCUGUCUGUUCCAGAGAUUAACCAUUCCCAGUAGCUGCCCAGCUAGUUUCGCUGAGCUGAUGAGGAAGUGCUGGGUGACUGAGCCCAAGGUACCACAUCCUCACACACACAGAUCAUUUUAAAUGACAUAUGUAAUUCUAUGCUCACGCAUACCUACACACUGUGCCACUGUGCACAAUAGACUCGGCACUACAAUGGAUAAUACUAAUGAUUAAUGUUAUGUUACAUACGGUUAAGAGACCAGUCGAAUUGUCAUGAAUAGAUACCCUGCAUGUCUGCUUAUGAAUAUCACACUAUGCUAUGUUUUUCGUUUCCAUCUAGGAAAGACCAAUGUUCAAACAUAUCCUUACAACCCUGGAGUCCAUGUCCAAUGACAGCAAGCUUCCUGAACAGUGCAACUCCUUCCUACACAACAAGGCAGAAUGGAGGUACUGAGAUCAUACUGUAUCAGACUGCAUCCUCUCUAUCUCUUCUAGACAAACACACUGCUAGAGCAUAAGGAGAUGCCAGAAAUGUUUCAAAUAUGCCUAUCUACACUGAGUGAUCAAAGCAUUAGGAACACCUUCCUAAUAUUGAGUUGCACCCACUUUUGCCCUCAGAACAGCCUCAAUUCGUCGGGGCAUGGACUCUACAAGGUGUCGAAAGCGUUCCAAAGGGAUGCUGGCCCAUGCUGACUUCAAUGCUUCCCACAGUUGUGUCAAGUUGGCUGGAUGUCCUUUGGGUGGUGGACCAUUCUUGAUACACACGGGAAACUCUUGAGCGUGAAAAACCGGUGCGCCUGGCACCUACUACCAUACCCCGUUCAAAGACACUUCAAUCUUUUGUCUUGCCCAUUCACCCUCUAAAUGGCACACAUACACAAUCCAUGUCUCAAGGUUUAAAAAUCCUUCUUUAACCUGUCUCCUCCCGUUCAUCUACACUGAUUGAAGUGGAUUUAACAAGUGACAUCAAUAAGGGAUCAUAGCUUUCACAUGGAUUCACCUGGUCAGUCUAUGUCAUGGAAAGAGCAGGUGUUCCUAAUGUUUUGUACACUCAGUGUAUGUGCAAGUGCUGCUUUUGUGGGCCUGAAGGGACUUUGGAGUGUGCAUAUAGAUAUUUUAUAAUUGCACUGAUAACAUAAAGGCAUCAAAUAUCUAAAGAAUCCCCCAUCUGGAUAUUCUUCCUCUCUAUACCCAUAAGGUCUAUAAAAUAAUCAACGUCUUUUUCAAGUCCAAGUGUUUAAUUGGCCUGUAUGAGCAGCUGGAGGAUUAGUGGUGUUCAGCACAGCAUGGGUGUCAGCUGCUACUGCUUACUCUCUCUUUGGGCUUUUCUACGCUGACAACUCUUCAUAGAGGCAUGUCCAAGCAGGCAUCUGCAGGUGAACUGCUCAAUAACGAGAGUUGAUAAAGAACAUGUGUGAUAGAAAGAGGGAAGUGUUGCACAUCAAGCACGGUGGUAGCUAGCUUCCAAGGCUGUCUAUCAUCAUUGUGAGAAACAGGAGAAGAGUGGAGUGGUACGGCCUGAGCUCCUCUUGCUUCAGAGGCAAACAGGUGUUGCAGGUGCAUUGUGUUAUUAGGGAGGCCCUGUGCAGACAGAUGCUAUGUGCUGGUUGGGCUGGACCACUACAGUUUGGGUUAUACACAGACAGAUCUCCUGGGUACUAUGUAACAGUCUGCCAGGCCAGCAGCUGUAUAUUUAUCCAUGUUUCUACUACUAGGUAAUAUGCCACUGUCCCACUGAUGAAGGCUCAAUGGUUAUGUGAGAAAGUUCUACAUUAAUGUGGAUGCUACCAUGAUAACGGAUAGUCCUGAAUGAAUCGUAAAUAGUGAUGAGUGAGAAAGUUACAGACACACAAAUAUCAUAACCCCAAGACAUACUAACCUCUCACCAUUACAAUAACAGGGGAGGUUAGCAUUUUUGUUUGGGGGGGUAUGAUAUUUGUGCGUCUGUAAGUUUCUCAGUCAUCAUUAUUCAUGAUUAAUUCAGGACUAUCCGUAAUCAUGGUAGCAUCCACAUUAAUGUAGAAGUGUUUAGAAACAUAUUCUAUUCUUAUUUAUGAUAAAAGUCAAUUAUUUAAAACACAACCAAAACCAACAGAAAAUUCAUCCAACAAGUUUGUAGAGUCACAAGCUUGGUGUAAUGAUUGCAUGCUAAGAAUAUGGGACCAAAUACAAAACUUUUGACUAUUUUAAUAUACAUAUAACUGAAUUUGUCCCAAUACUUUUGGUCCCCUAAAAUAGGGGGACUAUGUACAGAAAGUGCUGUAAUUUCUAAACGGUUCACCCGAUAUGGAUGAAAAUACCCUCAAAUUAAGGCUGAAGGACACCUCAUAGUCAUUGUAUCAUUUAAAGUACAGAGCCAAAAGAAGAAAAAAGGCUUCACUGUCCCACUUGCCUUGCCACCGUGAUAUAUACAGUGGGGGAAAAAAGUAUUUAGUCAGCCACCAAUUGUGCAAGUUCUCCCACUUAAAAAGAUGAGAGAGGCCUGUGAUUUUCAUCAUAGGUACACGUCAACUAUGACAGACAAAAUGAGAAAAGAAAAUCCAGAAAAUCACAUUGUAGGAUUUUAAAUGAAUUUAUUUGCAAAUUAUGGUGGAAAAUAAGUAUUUGGUUAAUAACAAAAGUUUCUCAAUACUUUGUUAUAUACCCUUUGUUGGCAAUGACACAGGUCAAUUGUUUUCUGUAAGUCUUCACAAGGUUUUCACACACUGUUGCUGGUAUUUUGGCCCAUUCCUCCAUGCAGAUCUCCCCUAGAGCAGUGAUGUUUUGGGGCUGUCGCUGGGCAACACAGACUUUCAACUCCCUCCAAAGAUUUUCUAUGGGGUUGAGAUCUGGAGACUGGCUAGGCCACUCCAGGACCUUGAAAUGCUUCUUACGAAGCCACUCCUUCGUUGCCCGGGCGGUGUGUUUGGGAUCAUUGUCAUGCUGAAAGACCCAGCCACGUUUCAUCUUCAAUGCCCUUGCUGAUGGAAGGAGGUUUUCACUCAAAAUCUCACGAUACAUGGCCCCAUUCAUUCUUUCCUUUACACGGAUCAGUCGUCCUGGUCCCUUUGCAGAAAAACAGCCCCAAAGCAUGAUGUUUCCACCCCCAUGCUUCACAGUAGGUAUGGUGUUCUUUGGAUGCAACUCAGCAUUCUUUGUCCUCCAAACACGACGAGUUGAGUUUUUACCAAAAAGUUAUAUUUUGGUUUCAUCUGACCAUAUGACAUUCUCCCAAUCCUCUUCUGGAUCAUCCAAAUGCACUCUAGCAAACUUCAGACGGGCCUGGACAUGUACUGGCUUAAGCAGGGGGACACGUCUGGCACUGCAGGAUUUGAGUCCCUGGCGGCGUAGUGUGUUACUGAUGGUAGGCUUUGUUACUUUGGUCCCAGCUCUCUGCAGGUCAUUCACUAGGUCCCCCCGUGUGGUUCUGGGAUUUUUGCUCACCGUUCUUGUGAUCAUUUUGACCCCACGGGGUGAGAUCUUGCGUGGAGCCCCAGAUCGAGGGAGAUUAUCAGUGGUCUUGUAUGUCUUCCAUUUCCUAAUAAUUGCUCCCACAGUUGAUUUCUUCAAACCAAGCUGCUUACCUAUUGCAGAUUCAGUCUUCCCAGCCUGGUGCAGGUCUACAAUUUUGUUUCUGGUGUCCUUUGACAGCUCUUUGGUCUUGGCCAUAGUGGAGUUUGGAGUGUGACUGUUUGAGGUUGUGGACAGGUGUCGUUUAUACUGAUGACAAGUUCAAACAGGUGCCAUUAAUACAGGUAACGAGUGGAGGACAGAGGAGCCUCUUAAAGAAGAAGUUACAGGUCUGUGAGAGCCAGAAAUCUUGCUUGUUUGUAGGUGACCAAAUACUUAUUUUCCACCAUAAUUUGCAAAUAAAUUCAUAAAAAAUCCUACAAUGUGAUUUUCUGGAGAAAAAAAAUCUCAAUUUGUCUGUCAUAGUUGACGUGUACCUAUGAUGAAAAUUACAGGCCUCUCUCAUCUUUUUAAGUGGGAGAACUUGCACAAUUGGUGGCUGACUAAAUAUAUUUUUUCCCCCACUGUAGGCCUAAAGGCCGAGACAAUAAGAAGACACAGUGGCAGAAUAAAUUCAACCACACCUUUGUUUCAUCACAAACCUGAGAGCAACCUCUGUCCGGUGAAGUCCACACAGCAUAUUGCAUGUAACAAACAGUUACAUGACCUACAGCAUGGUCAAGCAAGUUAAUGUUUCAGACAUUUUCGGACUACUAAACAACUAUUGAUUUAGAACCACGGGGGAGUUACCGCAAGUCGCAAAGAAAACAGGAGCUGCCCCCACUAUUCCGGCACCAUUUCAACUUCAACAAUUAAACAUAAUCAAAUCACCUAUGCUUGGUCUAAAACAGUGACAACUAAAAGAUACCAAAAAUAAUUUAAAGCUAAAUAUGAUGUGGCUGUCCAUGGUACUGAUUUCUGUGUGUGUGUGCGCAUGCGCGUGCGUCAGUGCAAGUAGAAAAAAACAUGUUUACUCACCCUACUUGUAGAGAAACGGCAAAGACAUCCUCCUCUCUUUCAUGUUGACGAAACGGUCUGAAUAGUCUGAAAAGUUCAUGAAUAAAAGUUUUUAGGAGUGAUCCAUGCUCAAUCAAGCACAAUCAUUAGGUGAGACCAAAAUGUUCAGCUGCCCCUUUAAGGGAUGGGCCAUUACCAUGGUAACUUGGGCACUCACUUGUCUGUGAUGAAAAAAAUCCCUGACUGUGAUGUCUUCCUAGCAGCAGACAGUUGCAACAAACUCAAACUAACAUUGAAAAACAACCUAGCGUGUAUACAAAACGAAAGACGAGGCCAAAGUCACACUUUAGUAGCCUUUCUUGUCAAUUCGACCAACUUCUACAGGUGGCGUUUGGAUAAAAAAAAACAGUUCCCAAAUGCUCUGUGUGACAGCCUUUGUGUGUGACCACCCGCCAACGUGGCUGGUGAAACAGACAUUCUUACCCGCCAAUGACAAAAUCUACCCGCAUUUGGCAGGUGUUAAUUUCCAACCCUGUUUGCAUAGCUCCUGUUGUAGGCUAUAUUAGAUCUGGCAUGGUGGUACAGUAUGUUACUGUUAGUCCACUGAACAGUGUCUUUCCGUCUCUUUAGGCUAUCAAUGCACUCAUUUGUGUAAAUGUGACAGUCAAAAGUUGCUCACAGUUCUGUAACGAUGGCUCAGAGGGCUCUUGUUGCAGUCUAUUAAGGCAGUUUGGACAUAGUCCAGGACAGCAUGAAGAUACUCCUCUUUUCCCUGUUUCUCUGGCAGCUGUCUGGAUCAGAGAUGACGAGCAGACAGGGGGAAUUAGUUGGGGAGGGAAAGAAAGUGCGAGUUAGAGUGCAGGGGGAGGGAAUGUGAGAGGUAUUUGUUUUUAAAUGGUAUAACCCUUACUGAAAAAACCCAUUUGCACAUUUUUUGGAGCACUUCACAUGUGAUGAUACACUAUAUAUGCAAAAGUAUGUGGACACCCCUUCAAAUUAGUGGAUUCGGCUAUUUCAGCCACACCCAUUGCUGACAGGUGUAUCCAAUCGAGCACACAGCCAUGCAAUCUCCAUAGACAAACAUUGGCAGUCAAAUGGCCUUACUGAAGAGCUCAGUGACUUUCAACGUGGCACUGUCAGAGGAUGCCACCUUUCCAACAAGUCAGUUCGUCAAAUCUCUGCCAUGCUAGAGCUGCCCCGGUCAACUGUAAGUGCUGUUAUUGUGAAGUGGAAAUGUCUAGGAGCAGCCAAUGUCUCAGCCGCGAAGUGGUAGGCCACACAAGCUCACAGAACGGGACCGCCGAGUGCUGAAGCGCGUAGCACAUAAAAAUUGUCUGUCCUCGGUUGCAACACUCACGACCGAGUUCCAAACUGCCUCUGGAAGCAACGUCAGCACAAGAACUGUUUGUCGGGAGCUUCAUGAAAUGGGUUUCCAUGGCUGAGCAGCCGCACACAAGCCUAAGAUCGCCAUGCACAAUGCCAAGCGUCGGCUGGAGUGGUGUGAAGCUCGCCGCCACUGGACUCUGGAGCAGUGGAAACACGUUCUCUGCAGUGAUGAAUCACGCUUCACCAUCUGGAAGUCCGAUGGACAAAUCUGGUUUUGGCGGAUGCCAGGAGAACGCUACCUGCCAGAAUGCAUAGUGUUUUUCGUGGUUCGGACUAGGCCUCUUAGUUCCAGUGAAGGGAAAUCUUAACGCUACAGCAUACAAUGACAUUCUAGAUGAUUCUGUGCUUCCAACUUUGUGGCAACAGUUUGGGGAAGACCCUUUCCUGUUUCAGCAUGACAAUGCCCCCAUGCACAAAGCAAGGUCCAUACAGAAAUGGUUUGUCGAGAUUGGUGUGGAAGAACUUGACUGGCCUGCACAGAGCUCUGACCUCAACCCCAUCUAACACCUUUGGGAUGAAUUGGAAUGCUGACUGCGAGCAAGGCCUAAUCGCCCAACAUCAGUGCCCGACCUCACUAAUGCUCUUGUGGCUGAAUGGAAGCAAGUCCCCACAGCAAUGUUCCAACAUCUAGUGGAAAGCCUUCCCAGAAGAGUGGAGGCUGUUAGAGCAGCAAAGAGGGACCAACUCUAUAUUAAUGCCCAUGAUCUUGGAAUGAGAUGUUCGACGAGCAGGUGUCCACAUACUUUUGGUAAUGUAAGCCUCGAGUCUUCUUAGGUAUGACGCUACAAGCUUGGCACACCUGUAUUUGGGGAGUUUCUCCCAUUCUUCUCUGCACAUCCUCUGAAGCUCUGUCAGGUUGGAUGGGGAGCGUUGCUGCGUAGCUAUUUUCAGGUCUCUCCAGAGAUGUUCGAUCGGGUUCAAGUCCGGGCUCUGGCUGGGCCACUCAAGGACAUUCAGAGACCUGUCCCGAAGCCACUCCUGCGUUGUCUUGGCUGGGUGCUUAGGGUUGUUGUCUUGUGGGAAGGUGAACCUUCGCCACAGUCUGAGGUCCUGAGCGCUCUGGAGCAUGUUUUCAUCAAGGAUCUCUCUGUACUUUGCUCCGUUCAUCUUUCCCUCGGUCCUGACUAGUCUCCCAAUCCCUGCCGCUGAAAAACAUCCCCACAACAUGAUGCUGCCACCACCAUGCUUCACCGUAGGGAUGGUGUCGGUUUCCUCCAGACGUGACGCUUGGCAUUCAGGCCAAAGAGUUCAAUCUUGGUUUCAUCAGACAAGAUAAUUUUGUUUUUCAUGGUCUGAGUCCUUUAGGUGCCUUUUGGCAAACUCCAAGCAGGCUGUCAUGUGUAUUUUACUGAGGAGUUGCUUCCGUCUGGCCACUCUACCAUAAAGGCCUGAUUGGUGGAGUGCUGCAGAGAUGGUUGUCCUUCUUGGAAGGUUCUCCCAUCUCCACAGAGGAACUCUGGAGCUCUGUCAGAGUGACCAUUGGUUUCUUGGUCACCUCCCUGACCAAGGCCCUUCUCCCCCGAUUGGUCAAUUUGUCCGGGCAGCCAGCUCUAGGAAGGGUCUUGGUGGUUUCAAACUUCUUCUAUUUAAGGAUGAUGGAGGCCACUGUGUUCUUGCGGACCUUCAAUGCUGCAGACAUUUUUUGGUACCCUUCCCAAGAUCUGUGCCUCGACACAAUCCUGUCUCGGAGAUCUACGGACAUUUCCUUCGACCUCAUGGCUUGGUUUUUGCUCUGACAUGCACUGUCAUCUGUGGGAUCUUAUAUAGACAGAUGUGUGCCUUUCCAUAUCAUGUCCAAUUAAUUGAAUUUACCACAGGUGGAGUCCCAUCCAGCUUCCAUUGAACAUCUCAAGGAUGAUCAAUGGAAGCAGGAUGCACCUGAGCUCAAUUUUGAGUCUCAUAGCAAAUGGUCUGAAUAUUUAUGUAAAUAAGGUAUUUCUGUUUUUUCUAAAAACCUGUUUUAGCUUUGUCAUUAUGAGGUAUUGUGUGUAGAUUGAUGAAGAUUUUAUUUUAUUUAAUCCAUUUUAGAAUAAGGCUGUAACGUUAAAAAAAGGUGCAAAAAGUCAAGGGGUCUGAAUACUUUCCGAAUUGAAUUUGCACUUUCACAUGUAAUAAAACUUGUACUUUCAUGAUGUCACAUGUAAAAAAAAAAACAUCCCCAUGUUGUCACAUUUAUUUCACGAGAUCAUGUUUUCACAUGCGUAGUGUCAUGUUAUCACAUGUUGGUUUUACAUGUUGUCACGUUAUCACAUUAACUUCACAUGAGAUCACUUGUGAUCACAUGAGAUCUCAUUUUAUUACAUGUGGAAAUCUCAUUUUAUUACAUGUGAAACGUGAUCACAUGUGAAAUUCAUGUGGUUUUUCCAUAAGGGAACAGCAGGGUAGGAGGACGAGAAAUACCAAGAGUGUUUGUCAGGAAAGCGACAAGCAAGAAUAUCAAUUAUGAGGAAAGUUUCGAGCAUUAGUGGAAAGUCUUUGAGGUAGGGAUGGGAGGAGGGACAGGAGGAAUGGGAGGGUGUAGGAACGGGCGGGAGUUCCUGUCUGCAUCACAUGCCUGACAUUGCCUGUUUAUAAAUAGUUACUGUGGGAGCAGAUUGUCUUGGCGUCUGACAGCAUGGGUACCCGUGUUGUGCCUCACAGCCCCACCUGCUGGGCAAAGCAGACCAGACCACUCUCAGUGGCUGAAACCCAUUAACAAAGACACUGGAAUAUAAGUGUUCCUCUACCGUCUGUGGCCUUAGGGCUGUCGCUAAAAAGGCAGAAUCCAAACUUGAGAAAUACAUUCAUAACUCCAAACUUUUGUGUAUAAUGCAUUGAUGUCAAUGAGAGUCGAAAUUUGAGUUUAGCACAAGUAUCUCAAGUCAAUGGUUUGACACCAGUAUUGUAAGUGCAGAGUUGGAUGUGAUGAGGUGGAUGAUGCUUGAUUCUAAACACAUCUCAAUGCUGUCUGUACUGUAGAUGUGAGAUUGAGGCCACACUGGAGAGGCUGAAGAAGUUGGAGAGGGAUCUGAGCACCAAAGAGCAGGAACUGAAGGAGAGAGAACGUCGCCUGAAGAUGUGGGAGCGCAAGCUCAUCGAGCAGUCCAACACCCCAGUAAGUUCCUCAGUAGCCUAUACCCACCUGCACACCACACCACCAACACCCUCAGCACAACCACAACUACCACACACUGUGUCUAGUCACUGAACAUGAACAGCACCCCAGCUUAGCACCACCUUCACCGUGUUGGUCCAUGUGUCACAGUCCACAGUCCUGUCCACAUUGUCACAAGGAGAAGCAAAGGCUUCAGACUGGGGUCUGUCUGGAAUGAAGGGGAAUGGAAUUAAAUGCAAUGCAAUGGAGGGAAAUAUAUAAGGCUCUGGUUCACUGAGUCUCACUGAUGGGCAUUUGAGUUGAGGAGAGGUAUUAGCUCAUCAUGGUACUCUGUGUGUGACUAUGUCACUGAACCCCCAUUGGCCAUCAGUCAUAAUUAGAGGUCAGUGUAAUUGCAACGUUGGUAAUGCCAAUGUUGUCACGCUGAUAUGGGAGUCUUUGCUGCUUGUGUGGAUGUGCCUGUACUACCCUUUCUAUGUGCUGUUUCCAAAGCGACGCCCCGCUAGGUCUUGGCCACCUGUUUCUGUAAUUGCUUGUGCAUGAUUUGAUUUAAUUUGAUUUAACACAUCUAACCUGAAUAUUACCUUUCUAGUUGGUUUUAUUGGUUGGAUUUGGUUUCCAAACUUCCACAUCACUAAUAUGUUCUAUACUAGAUUAUUUGUUUUGUCCGUUGUGCUGUGUAAUUGCAUGCUACAGCCAUGCAUUGGGAUUGUCUUACAGUGCUUUGCCUUGGUAUCAAUUUGACAUUAGUUGAAAUUGAUACACGCACUGAUGUAGUGUGUAAGAAUCAGUACCAUCAUCCUGAGCUCUCCAAUUGUCAGGAAAGUCAAUACCUCUUUAUUCGUUGUUUUCUCCGUAUCUCCUACCUUCAUCUGUCCUGUAGACUCCAAUCAUUUCAGUCCAACCUUCUCUGAUAAUCCAAUUUACUGUAUCUCUGAACUCUCCUCUUCUAGUUUUUGACAAUCACCUUUUAUAUUGGGUAAAAAAUGAUUUCACAUUUCAUCAUUCCUCUUGGUGUAUGUAGUCUAAUUUCCUUCCCUCCUUUUCUUUCCCGACCUCUUCUUCCCUUCCUAUCCUCUCUCCCCCAUCUUUCCCUCUCAGUUGUUCUUACCUGUGGCGGCAAAGAUUAGCGCCGAGUCGUUCUAUGAGUCUAAGAUGGAGGAGUCAAAAAGUUCUGAGAUGUCAUGUCAGAUCACAUCCUCCAGUAACGGGGAGGUGGACGGGAUGAGUCUGCAGGCCAUGAUGAAGGGCUUUGGGGACAUGUUUGCCUUGGACAUGGGGAGCCCCGUCCUGCACUCUGGCAUGCAGGUCAACAUGCAGGCCAAGCAGAACUCUUCCAAGUCCAGCAGUGUCAGAGAGGGCCGCAAAAUCAACAUGGCCUUGGGGAUGUCAAACUUCAACUGGUCAGACGACAGUGAUUAGAGCGACCUGAUUGGUCCAGCUAUGUAUGGGCCACUCAGUAGCAUCUGUCAAUCAAUCCCUUCGGCCUGUGUCGAAACUGUGGUCUUGCUGCAAGUUCCCAUGCAUAUUCCUUCUCACAUCACUGGUGUUAUGGACACAAGCUUCGAACAUUAGAUCAUUCAUUACGAAUAGUUUUUUGCAUGGCUGUUUUAUUUUGUAACAAUCCAUUUUCUUUUGCACACAUUCUUUUUAAAAUGCUGUAUGAACAUAAUGUAUUAGAAACCUUUCGCCUACAUGGCCCUUAUGGAUGUCAUAAAAGCCUAAUGUACUGUAUAGUGCCAUGCUGUGAAGAAAGAGCCAUGUGAGCAAGUUGCAUGGAGGAGGCGAAGCUUUUAUGAUGAAGUGACAUUUCGCUGACAUUAAUAGUGGCCAAUUUGUUCUGUAUGUGGUGGAGCAUAGUUGCUGUGAUUAAGUCUCUCACCAGGAUGAGAAAGAACAAGUUUCCCUCAGCUGACCCAGACUGGAGUCAGCAGAAGAGAGAGAACGUUUCCUGAUAGCCCUGUUAAACUACAGACUUCCUGUGCCUUUUUCUGUAUACACUGUCAGGAAUCUUUGGAUUUCAAGCCGCCAUACUAUGGCUUAUUGGUGUAAAGUGCACAGUAGGUGUUUGUAUCUAUCUGCGAGGGCCCCAGUAAAGUCUUGGUUCAUGUGCUGGUUGACAGAAGCAUGUUACAGAUACAUAUAAUCAAGAUGUUUAUUAGGAGUGCCAUAGACCUUAGACUACCACUCCUUGACAGGACGAAGUUCUCAUAGACAAGGGCAACUAUAUAGGACCUUAAUUCAAUUAACUCAAUCUUAUUCACUGGUAAAAGCUCUACUGUGUGCUAUAAUAAUUUAUUUAAAUCAAAUGAUAUAUGAAGUAAAAACAGUAUUUAAUUGCAGAGAGUAUAUGAAAUACUCUUUAGAGGGCUUCUCUAAGCUAAAGAUUAUUUAUCAGCUAAACAUGUUUGCACCUGCACCAACAGUUUUGACCUUUUUUGACCACAGGCCAAAGUGUGUUUAACAACCCCCAAAGUGAGCCUAUUGAAGCUCAACUAACGAGUGCCAUCACCAAAUGCCCUGUAAAUCCUGCUGGGAGCUCUUCUCUUCUGAACAUAGCCAAUAUGGAGGAUCUUUCUGUCUGACUCCAAAGAGCUUGGGCCUAGGCCCUGCAGCUUUCAUUUCCUUCUACUUAGUUGAUGUAUGUUUUUAUAUACUGUUGUGUAGUUAUUAAACCUAGUCUGAAACACAUCCAUUAACAGACAAUAACCAACCAAUACACUACCUUGUGUGAAUGUCAACCACUUUGUAAGGUAUUUUCUAGACAUCUAAUGCCCAGAGUUGCAAUAUGAUCUAUGCAAACUACAGCACCUUGGAUUAGUCAAAUUCCUUGGAUUAGUCCAAUAGUGUCUCUUUAAUGGUGUGCCAUAACUCUAUUAGACAGACCACUUUUCGAUGUGAACCUAUUUUGCUGCAAAAUUUCUCUACUGUUCCUUGUUUCUCAAUAAACAUUUUCUCAUUAAACAUUGAACUUCCUGCUUUGGUUCUUCACUCUUCCUGUUUUCUCAAAUUUCCUCUUGGUUUACCCAGUUUUGUUUACCUUGAAUUAGGAAAGAGCCAUAUAAGUAACAUGCAUUGAGGAGGCGAAGCUUUUAUGAGGAAGUGACAUUUCGCUGACAUUAAGAGUGGCCAAAAUCGAACAACUAAUUCAAUAAUGUUACAAUAAUGUAACAAAUCAAAGGUUGUUAACUACAAAAUUCCAAAAGUGGCAAGAAAAUAAGAGUGAAACAAUUCAUGCCAGGAGAAGAUUAAGCAAAUGUGACUGUACUAACUUCAGAUGAAAAGGUCUGUAAUAAAAAAAAAUUGUACAUGUAAGACCUGAAAUCAUUCUCGUAUUACAUUAAUUUAUUUGCAUUAGACCCAUGUUCACUGUAGUCCUCAAGGCUUCAAAUAAACAUAUAAUCAAUGGCAGGAUUUCUAUAACGAACUAAUGAACAAGUGGUACGGGGCACUACUCAUACUUGGUGCAGCACACCCAUUUGUAUUGUAUAUGUUACACUUACUGACAAUGCCUGCUUAAUUGCCCCUGCGGGGAUUGACAGUCAUAUUGAAUUGAAUUUGUGGUGUAGCCACUAGCGUACUAGCCAAUAGGUUUCCAAUGCUUGUCCGCCUCUAUAGUAUAAUCAACUUGCUACAGUAUACUCCCAUUCCACAAGGGGGCAGAGUGGUGUGAACUACUGAACUCCUCUUCCCUGUCAAAGGAAUUCCAAAGGCUGAGCAAUUUCUGCUGACUUCCCCCUUCCCCUCCUCUCAUCAAUUAAGAUCUGUUUCCCUUUGUCAACAGUAUGCUUUGGAUUUUAAUAAAGGAUGCAAGUCAUUUGUGAAAUACAAUAUGGCUGCUCGAAAUGUGAUAUUAUGUCACUUUAAUUAGGCAAUAUCUGUAAUGGAACUUUGGCAGUAGGGUAAGGGGGUUGUUUUUGAAUGUGUUUACUUCCGAACCAUACCACUGCAGUAGACGGAAAAUGCAGCUGGGGGUGAGGGAGUUUAGAAGGCUGCAAAGAAUUGUAUCGCGCUGAUUCUGAAAUGGCCCUCUUUGAAUAUGAUCUGUCGAGAUUGCCAUUCAGCUCAGACUGAGCUGUUAUCAGAUGCCGUGGGAAGCAAAUAUUGAAUGCUUAGAUUAGUCAUUCAUUUAGUCAUCUAUCCCUCAAUUCCCCCGGUGCAUUGUUUCUAUCACCACAUAGCAGCCUCAUGAUCAGAAUGAUGAAAUCUUUAUUUUAGCUGGCUACUUUCUGCUUUAUUACACUUAAUGAACAGUCAAUUAUUCAUCAUUGAAAUGCAUCAUGAAAGACCAGUCAGAUGGACAUUGGACACAUUUUAGUUUGAGGUAGGCCAUUAGGACGCAGUCAUCUUGAUUGCAGAACACAAUAGCUGCAAAAAUCAUUGCUAUAAUGCAUGGUAAACUUGUCUUGGAAUGAUGUAGGCCUAUAUGUAAUGUAUUUUGUAAUGCAUACUGCACACAUGAAUGCUAAAUGCAAGAUUUGUGUUAAGAGUCCAAACAUCAAGAAUAGGCAGCACAUUUCUUUAUUUGAGCUGUACACAUUUGUAUGACAUGACCAUUAGAGCAGUAUUCCCUGGUACUAUUUCAGUUUUGUCUUUUUUUCACACAGCUCCUUUCCAACCUUCAUAUUCAUUCCUGGACAGAGGAACAUGUGGUCAGUAUCAACAAAUAUCAAUCGAUUACUUCCUUUGUCUAAUUAGCCAUUAAUAACCAUCAUGGCUCCACCUGAAUGGCUCCAUCUUAAUAUGAAUGCUUUUGCAAUUCCAUCCCCACAGUACUUUUGGAUGCAGCAGAUAUUUGGGGCAGGUAUGUUCACCUUAUAGAUUUCUCAUACUGUAGGUAUGAUCAAAUGAAUGAACCCAUCAUUUUGGCGUGUAUGUGUUGUGUUUUAAUUAGCAUUUGUUUUCCAUGUUCUCAGGGGAGGGGGCAAGUGGCAUGCAGCUGUAUGGUGACCUGUUUAAGGAAAACCACAUUACAGGCAAGAGGCUGCUGCUGCUCACGGAAACAGACAUGCGAGACCUUGGGGGUCAAGUCCAAAGGUCACAUCAUGCACCUCAAGGUAUCAUACUACCUUUCAAACUAUCGUGAACUAGCCAGUCAUUUCACAAUGUGUCCAAAUGGUAUCAUUAUUUAAAUUGAGCUAUAUACUCAUACAAAUGAUUUUGAAGUCUAUGUAUAACAUGAUUUCCCCAACAGAGUGAAAUUGAGAAGCUAACCAAUGAUUACAUGGGGCUAUUCCACUUCCCUCCACUAAUGAAGGUAUUGUAUGUCUUUUCUCUUUGUUAUAUAAUGGUUGGCAUUGUUUACUGUUGCAAUAUGUUAGCCUGGAAAUCUCUGUUCCACAGGAUGAGUGUGCAGAGGAGGAGGAGGAGAGAAGGAAGAUUGUUAAUCUGGAGCUGGUGUUUGGGUACCACUGGAAAGCAGUGGGUCACUCGGUAGGUUUUCAAUGGACACUGAAAAUAUUCUAUGACAAAUAACCAAGAUGUCUAGGAGGGAAUCUGAAUAUAUUUUCAUCCAAAUACAGUCAUUUCUUCCCUGCAUUUUCAAAUGUAUUUGUAAACUAAUUUAGUCUCAGCAUAUAGUAAUAGCUAACUAACUUGUUGUUGUCAGAUAAGAUUAAAACAGGUAUGUCAAGAUGGAAAUGCUCCUUCAAGUUGCUGUUUCUCUAGAUAAAGAUGCACAUUAUGGUCCCCAUCAAACUCAAGCAAACACUGACCACUGUUACACUGAGCAUGCUUUGCCUUCAAGACAUAUCCUUGCAAGAGAAACAGAUGAAUAAAUAUUUCAUCUAAAGCCAUGCAUCCCAUCCACCCCCACUUGCUCACCAUCCUUUGUUAGGGUCUCAAACGGUGGAGAAAGGCUGCUUCUCCACUUGCUGUUUGAAUUUAAUCAAAAAUAGCCAAUUUAGUCAGAAGUCAUUUUCUUUUUAGAAAGGCAAAUGUUAUUUAAUCUUUCAGCUGUUCAUUGUCCCAUCAUAAAUAGUCCCCUUUCAGUACGUUCGGCGGGGCUGAAACGAGCCUGCUAAUUGCCUCCCAUUUCUUCUGACAUGUGGUGGUUUAGUGGGUAGAAAACACAGCAGGGAGAAGGAAACAGGAGGCUGAGAAAAUGAGAGCUAAUUAUUUUCCCCUGCCUGGUGUCAGGUUCCAUGUCAGCCUUGUUUUUACAAACUGGAAGGUUUUUUGCACUAAAUAAAACAAACCCGCACUGCGUUUUUUUCCGCCCCUCUUUGCUGGUGGUGUCAUGGAAGCAGCUGCACUUCUCAAAGACAAAAUGAGGGCCUGCGAUUGUGCGGCCACCAUCUGACAACCACUGAGGGUCCCCCACUAAUGAGGAUAUCACCGCACAGCCAAGAGAAAGGUGCUGAAUUAUGUAUGAGUUGCCAUUAGACCAGACACACUCCGGUCUUGGGCAUCAUUACCAGACAUUGUUUCUGCUGGAGUGAUUAGACCAACAAGUGGACCUGGAGGCCAUGGUGCGACUGGCCAGGGCCGACCCGGGGCCGCUGCCUGGUGUGUCUUGGAGCCAGAGCCUUCCUCACGCUAGCUCCCCCUUUGAGCCCCGGCCAGCCCCUGGGGACAGUGUAGGAGUGGGCUGAGACUCCUCAGAUGAGUGUGUUAGUGGCACUUCUUUGAUGUCUUCUUCUGUGAUCCCCACACAAUAGAUUGGCCCACACCGUGAACCGUGUGUGGUUAAGCAGUGACCUGUGGCUUCAUGGCUGGUUUUUGGGGAUGGCAAAAUCAUUACUGCUUUGUCAGCAUGCAAUAUUCAGCAGGAGUAUGGGGUUUGCUCAGAUUUGUAUUUCCUAGUGAGGAUUUGAUCCCUGUGUGCCUUGUGCAACAGUGAUCGUAAUACUGAGUUUAUUUUCACCUAACUGGAAUAACAUUAGCAUUACUCAAAUGUGUAUUUCACCAACAAUAGCACCAGGUGUCAAGAUACUGCGAACCAUAUCCCCUACAGGAAAUAAUACAAGUUAUUCACCAUAGCAACUUAUGUUUACCCCUGAAGUAAAAUGUCUCUGCAAAGAUUGAUAGGUUCUUAAUAUUCUCAUUUACCACUUGUUAUGUCAUCCUUCAUGCUAUGAUCAUUCAAGAGACAUGCUAUCCUCUGUGAUUCUGAGAGCACAUCAAAGAGUGUGGGGAAAGCAAUCAAUCUCCAAACGAAUUAUACAUUUGUCUCAAUUGAAGGCAACUCACAGUGGAUACUAGGUGAAAUUAGGAUUAAAAUCUAAAUGUACAACAUAACUUGUGCUACUGUCAAGUUUGAUCAUGAUUUCAUAUAAAUUCACAUUACAUUCCGGAAAUGUUCAAUUCCAAGGAACUACCUCUAGGCUGUGCUGUUGGUUUAGGAAAAAUGCAGUUAGGUUCUCAACUGACAGCAGUUAUUUCAUAUUUUUUUAAGACCUAUAAUCUCUCUUUUUUAGGACUGCAAAUGGAAAAUGUACAUGGAACUUGACGGAGAUGAAGUUGCAAUAACAUACAUCAAGGAUGUGACCUUUAAUGCCAACAGACAGGAUGUGGAUGUCCUGAAGAUGACCAAGGUGUGAUCAUAAGCAUUACUCCAGGCCAUGCGUUGAAAGGGCAUCAGGACUUAAAAACAGUCACUUGUCCAUUACAUUUCUUUGUUGAAGGUUUUUUAGGAUCAUUGAAAGAGUGUACCCUUUUGCUAAUGUUAUGACAUAAAAAAAUCCCUCUCUGUAUCUUCAGAUAAAUAUAAUUAUUCCUUGAAUUAAUGUCAUUGCUGUAUUGAAGAUACCGUAUUGAAGUAACUAACAUGUAUGACGAUUAAUAACCAACAUCAAACUAAUUCCUUGCAGCCCCCAUUUGUGAUGGACAAAUGGGUAGUUGGACUAUGGGAGAAUCAGGUUGUUGACUGCAUUGUUAAUUAUGAGGUGAGUCAGUCAAAACAUUGCUAUAGGAUCAGGGCCAGAUUACCACAUCUGGGGCCCCAGGGCACCUACCUCCAGGGGGCCCACAAAAGGGGGAGAUAUUGGAGGGUUGGUGGCCUGGCGGUUGGGAGUUGCUUCUGUGGGUCGCUCUGGAUGGGAGUCUGUUAGAUGACUGAAUGUAAUGUAAAUGUUGAGCGGCUUCACUGCAGGUAGAUUGUAUGUUUUAAUAUUCAAUAAAAAUAUAUAUAGAUAAAAAUAUAUAACAAAUUAUAAAAUACAUAAACAAUUUGCAGUUUUAUAGCUUAUCAUGCUAUUUUACACAUUUUGCAAUGAGGCUUAGAGAAAAGUUUGCAGUUUUAAAGCAAAUUUCCUACAAUUCUACACAUUUUGCCAUGGGGCAGAGAGAUAAAUGUGCAGUUUUAUAGGUAAUCUCAUACUAUUCUACACAUUUUGCCAUGAGGCUGAGAGAAAAUGUUCCAGUUUUAAAACCAAAUUUCUGCAAUUCUACACAUUUUGUCAUGGUUUAUGAGUGUUCAUAUGCUAUCUGGGGGGGCCCGACCUCCAGGAGGCCCCAACUGAUAUGUUCAUAUGCUUUCUGGCGGGGGCCCGACCUCCAGGGGGCCCUCAACCGGUGUACAUAUUUAUUAUUAUUAUUAUUACAUAUGCCUUCUGAGUGGUUGGGGGCCCCCUGGAGGUCGAGGCCCCAGGGCACGUGCCCUGCGUGCCAGGUCGGUAAUCCGGCCCUGUAUAGGAGCCCUUCAAUAUCCUAACCCUUGCACUACAUACACUACACCACAUUUAGGUUAAUCAUUACCAAUAAUAAGAAUUAUACAGUAGAAUGAAGGUCCACAGUGUACUGUAUGGUGUGCCUUUAAAAACAAGUAAUACAUUGUGAAUUCAAUUUGACAUGUAGCUAGAUAUGAUCAAUGUUUAAAAUACCCUACAGUGAUUGUUGUGUCCUUAUACUUGCCACUAGAAUGAUGUGAGAUCACCCAGGUGUACGAGACAUAGCCAUGCAGUGAGGUGGAACCCCACCAGUGGACGAGAUGAGAUCAAGACUGUGGAGCUACUGAUAGAAACAGCUCAGUUAAACAUUGAAGGAAACCCCAGAAGCAGAUCAAACUCAAAAGGUCAACUUUCUAUGGUGUUUUGGAUGCAGAUUUCAUUGACAAAUGGUCAAUUUAGAGCUGUCUUAAAUACAGAAUGCACAAAUGUAUGCACACAUCUAUGUAGCCAACAAUACCAGUGGAUGUUCUUUCUCCUUCCAGAUGUGGAUCCCAGAUGGUUGUACAACCUGAGACAGAGGCAGCUGAAGAGCCAGUCAGCAGCAGAGCAGCAUGGUUCCCGGACCCCCACCGGAGGCUCAGAAACCCGCACCCUGUCUCAGUUCCUGUCUGCAUAUGGAGAUCAGGCCUCUUCCUACGCUGCAGCAGUGCGGAGGUCUCCCAACAGCCCCCUCUCUCCCUGGUGCUCCCGCAGCUCGUCCCCCACUGCCGGCCUGUCCGCCAUGCUCUCCCCCCUCUACCUGGGGUCAAAGGGCAGCAGCCCCUCCAGCACCACCUCAGAGAGUGCCUUGGAGCGUGAACGCCUGCUCAUUGCCGGGGAAGUGCAAGGUUACCACAGGCACAGAAGCUACAUUGGCAACUCAUUGAGUGCAACAAGGGACCACAACAGAGACACAUGGUCCCAUACAAGGGGCAACUUCACACAGAAUAAGUCAAGCAGAACCUCAGAGCAAAUGGGGAGGCCUCAGUCCAAUAGUUACAAUAUAGCAUCUCAGAACCGGGCCAGGGUGAUACCGGGCAUAUCGGCGGUGGUAGAAAACCCCAGUACAGAGCAAGAGGGGGCUAAAGUCAGUGAUGGGGGAUGGAUCAAAGUGGAGCGCCAGAAAAGGUUACCUCGACAAGACAAUAAACAGGCCAGAGGAAGACAGAGGAGAGGGGGUAGAGGUGGCCGUGGUGGACGAAGCUGAGAAUAAUUUGCUGUUUGAAAGUGUUAACAUGUCUUAAUAGAUUGGACAUCAGGUUUACUUUGAAUAUUAUCUUUCACACUACAUAUACAUUUUCUCUCUGGAGGGAUCUUUCUAGGGGUCAUUUGAACUAGGGAGAAUUGUGAUUUAGGGAAUGCACCCAAUUCAGUCUUUUAGGGCUGAAUUCUGAAUUGUACUGUAUGCACUCAAAUAAUUUUUGGAUUUAGCAUGUAAGCCUACAUAUCAUUUGUAGUUGUAUAUUGUGAACUGUUCUACAUAAGGCUAUUGUAAAUUGUAUAGCCUACAUUUUCCUAAUCUUUUUAUUUAUGAGAUAUACUGUAUAGCUAGAUAAUUGUGCCUUUUAUUACAAUAUAAAAAAGUGAAUGUACAUAUGGAUUUUUAAAAAGAAUAUAUAUUUUUAAUAGUCUAUAACUAUAUGAAUGGUAAAAAAAGAUAAACGUACAUGAAGUUGAUGGAAAGGACGCGGGAGUUUUUCUAUAAACCCGCCCCUUUAUGUAAAUAUGUUCGCUAUGAUUUCGCGCCACGGCUUAGUACUUAGAAGGUUAGAAGUUGGUGGAUCAGUAUAUGACAUAAUAUUUUGAAAAAUGUGUACAAAAAUAAAAGUGUCCAUCAGCAGUAUUUUCUAAAGAUUUUUUCACAUUUUAUGUGGCGUAUAUUUGUGUGUUCUAUUUCCCUUUUAUACCGUCUUUUGAAACAAAAGUUUAUACAGCUUUAAGGACAUUUUCCUUGCGCGGGAAAUUUCUCAGCACCCAUCUGCAAGUCUGGUCUGGUGGGGUUUCCCUGCAUUCGUAAAACGACUGCAGAAACGUGUACUAGAGUUUUGACUGAGUUUCUUUGCAGAAAACUUUAAACCCAACAAAAUGCGUCCAUCUCGCUCUACGGUAAGGAAUGUUAUAAUAUAUGUAACGUACUAUAUCAAACAAUAACAGGGUGACAUACCUAAUGUUCUGAUUUUAUAGCUUCCGAGAAUGUAAGUAGCUAACAAAAAUUCUGCUCUGGUAAACCUAACGUUGGGCUCUUAUUUUCUUGCUAACAUUUUAGUAAACCUGUUGCCUUAGCUACUUUAUGCAAAAGCUGCUGGAGACUGUGCCUACGGUCUCAUUGGAGUUGCAAUGCAACCAUUACUUUUCUCUGUAGCUCAGCUGGUAGAGCACGGCGCUUGUAACGCCAAGGUAGUGGGUUCGAUCCCCGGGACCACCCAUACACAAAAAUGUAUGCACGCAUGACUGUAAGUCGCUUUGGAUAAAAGCGUCUGCUAAAUGGCAUAUUAUUAUUAUCUUAUUAGUUACCAUCUAAAUUAGCUAUCAUUUGAAUCUAGACAGUUUUGAUGUUGAACGGCUGUUUUUAAUUCAUAACAAUUUCAGUGGCUACUAUCUAGUUAUACCACAUAGUUUUGGCUACACAGAUUUAGAUUUUAUCCUGACAAAAGUUUUGCCAUUUAAAAUGUCGGUUUUAUCCACCAUCAAAGUAAGUAAAUCUUACAUGGCUAAUCACACUCCUUUGUAUAACCACCUAACGUUAGCUAACUAGCGUCAAUGACCUUGUAAGAUACAUUUUGUGUUGGCCUUGAUAUGGCUUAACUAGCUUCCAUUGUUGUAUCUUGCAGUCACAUCCCUAUCACCAUAGGUAUUGCUGCUUCUCUCAUUUUGCAGGAGGGCAGCAGUGUGACUAAUAGUACUCACUUUGUUCAUAUGUCUAUGGUCUGAGCUUCCAGUCUAUUCAUUCAGUUUUUCCUUACUCGUUCAUCUUGUCUCUCCAGCGCCAGCAGGCCCCCCAGCCUCCCUCCACCAGGAUGGGUUUGCGGAGUUUCCGUAAUGUGCCCAUGGAGACAUCCUCUUCUUCAUCAGAUGACAGCUGUGACAGUUUUGGCUCUGACGGUGGCUUUGCUAACACAGUAAGGCAAAUUGCCACAUUUAGCUCCGAUAACAAUCAGUGUUUGACCAUAUUCACUCAUCUAAUGAGUUAGUUGUUGAUGAAACUAACUGAAGGUUGUGCUUUCACUUUCCACAGAAAAGUAGCUUCAGAGAAGCUAGGAAGGUGGCGGAGAGAGCCAAGGUGUUUGAGGCCACCUCGGAAGAAGAGUCUCUCAGUGGGUUUGAGAAUGCCUUCAGCAGUGAAAUGAGUGCCAUGGUGAGUGUUUUUUGUAUUGAUAUUACCAAUUUAAUGUUAUUGCACAAUAGUGGCUACUAUACACAAAAAACAUUUCAGAAUGUGUGCUCAGACAAAUGUACUGUGUGUUUCAGAGAGUGGACUCUGACUCUGAGGAGUCAGUUGAGCCGCGGAAGAGGAGCCGCCGGUCCCAAACCCUUAAGGUGGCCAUGAAAUUCCCCACCAGGAGGGCCAGCCAGAAGAAGACUACUGCAGCAGAGCCCCCUAAACAGCCCAAAGUUUCUCCCAAACAGUCCGACACUGAGGAUGGAGACAACUUCAUGGACAAGAGAGCACUUAACAUCAAGGAGAACAAAGCCAUGGUACGACAGGAUCAUUCAGAGUCGUCGUUGUGGCUGUAGCUUGCUGAGUGACAUUUUAGUCUAAUUAUGUAAUUGCAAUUUUAUUUGUUUAGCUUGCAAAGCUGAUGGCAGAACUCAACAAAAUACCUGGCUUCCCUAGAAGAACGUCCCUGCCCAUGAUGAAUGCGGUGAGUGAGACAAGAUGGUGGAUAUGGCUGUUCUAUAAAACAUGUAUUCAGGAAAUAUUUGAGUAUUGAUGAAAUAUGCUACCACCAUUUACAUUUUUGGACUGUAGUUAAUGCGUUUUUGUUUCCUCUGUAGCCUCGUCGCGCCCCACGCCGGUCUCUGGGAGCCCCUGGACCCCGCAGGAGGAACCCUGAGCGUACCUCUAGGCCCCACACUCGCUCCCGCUCCCUGGUGGACGGCCCCCCCAGCCCCCCAUCAGAGGAGGAAGAGGAGGACAAGUUCAGCCUGGUGCGCAGGAGCCGCUACUACGAGGAGGUGGAUGAAGCGGUCAGUGGCACACACCUUUGUUGACCUCAGUGUUUGGUUGGUAACGUCGAGUGUCAAGUAAAGUUGGAUUUUUUUUUUGCGUUUCCUGAUCUGUCCGUUCAAUAAUAGUGAAUACCGAAUUUCAGGACUUGUCCGUUUGGUUGACAUGUGUGUGUUUACAGAAGGAGCCCCGUCGGCGCAGCUACAACGGGGUGCUGGCCAUUCCUCAUGUGGUGCGGCCUGUGGAGGACAUCUCCCAGAUGGAGCUGGAUCUGAUCGCAGGCAACGUGCGGGAGAAGGUCUACAACAGAUCCACUGUAAGUUCCCAUUCUCCUACAGUGGUACUCAAAACGCCUGUCUUUAAAGUUUGAUUUCUGUUAGUCACCCCUCUAAUUUGCUUGCUGUAGGGAUCCACUUGCCAUCAGUGCCGCCAGAAAACGAUCGACACCAAGACCAACUGCCGUAACCCAGAGUGUGUGGGAGUAAGGGGUCAAUUCUGUGGCCCAUGUCUCCGUAACCGCUACGGAGAGGAGGUCCGAGAUGCCUUGCUGGAUCCUGUAAGUACUGCACUCGUCUUCUCCGAGCCAUCAAGAGACAGUGACACGUGUCCAUUUGAUUAUUGACUGUUUUGUCAAGAGAAUACAGUUGACAUCGUCUUGGUCUUGUGCAGGAGUGGGAGUGUCCGUCAUGCAGAGGGAUCUGCAACUGCAGCUUCUGUAGAGCCAGAGAGGGUCGCUGUGCCACUGGAGUCCUGGUCUACCUGGCUAAAUACCAUGGCUACGACAACGUCCAUUCUUAUCUCAAGAGGUAAGGUUCAUUCUACUUCUGAACUUAAACCUUUGUCUUGUAAUCGUAUUUGUACUUCGACUGCUACUGUGUUGGGAAUUAAAAAUGUGUCUCUCUCUGCAGUCUGAAGAAGGAAAUGGAAGAGAGCCAGUAAAUCAUGGAGAAUGUAACCUGAUUCUGGAUCUGACUGACAAUGUUCUCAUGUGAUAUGGCUUUUAUAUUCCAUAAUGCAAAACUGUUGAUUCUUCCAUUACUGAUUCUGUAAAUUUUUACAUUGUUUUAAAUGUAUACGGUUUUACUGUCAAUUACUCCAUGCAACUGGGUAUGUUUAUACUGUGAUGUUUGCCUGUGACGUUCUCGUUUUAACCUGCAAGUUUGGAUAAAAACAAUAUGUAUAAAUUGGUUGUCCUCUACUAUGUUAAUUGUACUCGAGUCGUCCAUUUUUUGUAUAAGAAAAUUAGCUUUCGACUUCAAUAAGGUUUAUUCUCUCUUCCCAAUGUCACAUGGUUACUUUUGACUCUGCUCAGUAGUCCACCAUUGUACCAUCAUACCCCUGAGGUGGUGAGGGUGGAAAGGGCACAGCUAGUGGGGGCUAUUUCCCCCUCCUGAGCAGAGAGAAGCUAUGAUAUAGUACAGUGCCUGGUUAAAUCCUUCAUUAGAUAACUGUUACUAAUGGUGUGGAAACAAUUAGCAGUCUGUAAUGGGAAUCUCAUACCUGUAAAUCAUUUAUCCUAUUAAAGCACUUCCUUGCUC